AGACGCCAUCGAUUUAACUAUUUUGCAUGUUAUCUGUUAUUUUUCACCUAAUUACAGGAUUGUCUUUGUUUUUGUUUUUCCUACACUACAUAUACUAUAUUUGCUGUAAAAUAUUAUCGUACGCAAUGCAAUCUGAGGAUGCCAAGUUCUUGAAAAGAAAAGUCAAAUCUGGUGCAAUCGAUGUUCAUCCCACAGAAAGUGCUCUAAUUGUAAAUUAUGAAGUGGAAGCUACAUUACUCGGUGAAUUAGGUGACCCUGUAUUAGGCGAACGCAAGGGUUGUCAAAAAAUUAUUAGGCUAAAAAAUUUGAGUGCGAAGACAGAUUGCGCGGCUUUGGCGCAAGAAGUUAUAGAGAAAUGUAAUCUAAUACAUAUGACCAAGUUGAAGGAUGUUGAGCACUUGAUAUGUUAUCUCAAACAUCGCAAUAGUAAUUUUAAUGAUCGGUCUGUGAAGUCUCCACAGCAAAAUAGUGGUUCUAUGAGUCCAGGAGAAAAACCUGACGGAAUGACUGAAAAAGCUAUUAUUGGAAAUAUUGAAGAAUAUGUUGAACUAUUGUAUGAAGAUAUUCCAGAAAAAAUCAAAGGCUCAGCAUUACUUUUACAAUUGGCAAGGAAUCCUGACAAUCUAUUAGGCUUAUCUCAAAAUGAAACUGUAUUAUGUGCAUUAUCCAGAGUUUUACGUGAAGAUUGGAAACGAAGUAUAGACUUAAGUACAAAUCUCGUAUAUACAUUUUUUUGUUUUUCGACUUAUACAAGGUUUCAUCCAAUCAUUUUGCAAUAUAAGAUUGGAUCACUAUGCAUGGAUGUUAUUGAUUAUGAAUUAAAACGAUAUGACCAAUGGAAAAAUGAUAUAGAAACAAGGAAAAAGUUAUGUGAAGGCAAUAAUAUUAGCACUGAAAAUUUGAAUAAUGAAGCAACAAUGAGUAUUGAAGAUAUCAAAUCACCUAUUCUUCCCGAUCCCCCAAAACGAAGAAUUCCAGAACUUAAGCAAAGGCCCAAGUCAGGAAACUGGACAGAUCAGAACUCUUUGAUUAGAUCUAAACUUAUGAACAAUAGCUAUCAUGAAAACCUAUGCAGUGAUAUUGAUUUGCAAACAACAACAGAUAUUAAGAAAAUUAAAGAAGAUUUUGAUAAAAUGAAGCGUCAAUUCAAAUCGCUUACCAGAAAACAAGAACAGUUGUUACGAAUAGCCUUUUAUUUAUUAAUAAACAUUGCUGAAGAUGUUAAAGUUGAAGAAAAAAUGCGAAAAAAGAAUAUAGUUGGAUUAUUAGUAAAAACAUUGGAACGAAAUAAUUUUGAAUUGUUGAUCUUAAUUGUGACUUUCUUAAAGAAAUUGUCAAUAGUUGCUGAUAACAAGGAUGAUAUGAGUGAAUUGAAUAUUAUAGAAAAAUUGCCUAGGUUACUAUUAAGUUCAAAUCAGGAUUUAGUUCAUGUUUCAUUAAAGUUGUUAUAUAAUCUUUCUUUCGACUCCAAAUUGAGGUUAAAAAUGAUACGUGUAGGAUUUUUACCAAAAUUGGUCAGCUUGUUAAGUGAUGAUAAACAUUACAAUAUUGUGAUCAAAAUUCUCUACCAUUUGAGUAUUGAUGAUAAGGUGAAAUCGAUGUUUACAUAUACUGACUGUGUUACUUUGGUUACUGAUAUGUUGUUACUUUGCAUGGAAAAAACUGUUGAUAUGGAUUUAAUAGCUUUGUGCAUUAAUCUUGCUGUGAAUAAAAGAAAUGCCCAACUAAUGGUUGAAAAUAACAGAUUACAAGACCUGAUGUCCAGGGCAGUAAGAUUCGAAGAUUCUUUAAUAAUAAAACUACUGAGGAAUAUUGCUAUGCACGAUACAACAAAACAUAAAUUUGUGAAAUUUAUAGAUGAUAUAACAGGAGUUCUAACAACUAGUGAGAAUGAAGAUUUUGUAGUGGAGUGUGUAGGUUUACUGGGAUGUCUUGCACUACCUGAAAUUGACUACACUAUAUUACUUCAAAAUUAUAAUUUGGUUCCUUGGAUACGGACCAAUUUAAUACCAGGCAAACGUGAGGAUGAUUUAUGUUUAGAAGUUGUGGUCUUACUUGGUACAGCUGCUUGUGAUGAAGCUUGUGCUAUGUUACUUUGUAAAGCUGAUAUUUUGCUAUCCCUAAUUGAGCUAUUAAAGGCAAAACAAGAAGAUGAUGAAAUUGUUCUACAGAUAAUAUUCGUAUUUUACCAAGUCCUGAGGCAUGAAAGUACAAGAGAGUACCUGACAAAAGAAACUGAUGCUGCUGCUUAUCUAAUAGAUCUGAUGCACGAUAAAAACACAGAGAUUCAAAAAGUUUGUGAUUCCUGUUUAGAUAUCAUUGCUAUAUCUGAUGAAGGUUGGGCAUCCAGGAUUAAGUUGGAAAAAUUCCGUGAGCAUAAUAGUCAAUGGCUGAACAUGGUUGAAUCUCAUGCAGUAGAUAGCCAUGAUUUUGAUCCCAGUGAUGAAUUAGAUUUGCCUGCCUAUCUUACAACCGACUUUAUGAGUAACGAUAUUCCUCAUGGACCUGGUUCUGGCUCGGAUUCUCGGGCUUCUUUAAACAACGACGAUUGCGAUGCGUUCCGUGCAAUUUCUGCUUUAGACAACUAUAGUAGACCGGGCAGUCGGUCAGGUCUGCCGCCAAUCCAGAAUAAGAGGCACGCUGCAAUGUUGCCUGCCAGUUUUCGAAACCCACCGGUACAGUCGGGACUUCGAAGAUUUCGACAUAUUGUCAAUGAACUCAAGCCGUUUGCGAAAUAUUCCAUUGCACGAAAGAGGAAACGAAAAAGACCAAAGCCACCGAGAUAAGAAUUUCGAAAUAAACAUGCUGUCUUCUGAUUGUACUCUCGAUUCAGCGUCAGUAAUACUCGCAUGAAUUGGCCAAAUAUAACAAUAUUUUACUACGCAUAGAUGAUUAAUAAUAAUAAUAUUAAUAUUAAUAAACUAUAACAAUAAUUAAUCGCUAUAGUGACUUUAGCUUUGAGCGCGCGUUCCGACAAUUUAAACGCAUGUCGAGCAGAUUGCAUUGCAACUAAAUUCCUAAAGUAUAAUUCUAAUGAAGUCUAUUGAAAUAAGCUAAUUUACCUAUUUAUUUAAGCAAAUAAACCAAAGCAUUUUCUUAAACCAGUAUUAGGCAAAA